GUCUCGCGCUCCUGAUCGCUCCAGCUCCUCCCGGCCGCCCGGCGCCGCGGCCACGCGAGGUUGUAAAAAUCCAUGUGGGACCGCGCCGGGGCGAGCAUCGCUAAGGUAGGACUCCAGCUGUGAGAAGGAGAGAAGCGGGAAGCCAACUCCUCGAAAAUGGGCUUAGAAGCAAAUCUCUGAGUGGAGCCAUUUCCUGGUACAGACUAUACCAAGAAUGUGGUGAAAACUCUAGUCAGUGAAGGAAACAUUGGCUUAAGUCCUCACGUUGCCUAGCAUUUCUUCUCUUCAGUAGCACCACAUCACAGAAGAAAAAUGUACGGGAGCGCAAGAACAAUCAGCAAUCUGGAAGGCAGCCCUUCCAGAUCACCGCGCUUGCCAAGGUCUCCUCGUUUGGGCCACCGAAGAACAAGCAGUGGGGGAGGGGGAGGGACAGGCAAGACUCUGUCUAUGGAGAAUAUCCAGUCCCUUAAUGCGGCCUAUGCUACAUCUGGACCCAUGUACUUAAGUGACCAUGAAGGGGUAGCAUCAACAACUUACCCAAAGGGCACGAUGACUCUGGGCAGGGCCACAAACAGAGCUGUGUAUGGAGGCCGGGUCACAGCCAUGGGGAGUAGUCCCAAUAUUGCUUCCGCUGGACUUUCCCACACGGAUGUCCUUUCAUAUACAGAUCAACACGGAGGGCUGAGUGGCUCGUCUCACCAUCACCACCACCAGGUGCCCUCCAUGUUGAGGCAGGUAAGAGACAGCACAAUGUUGGAUCUUCAAGCCCAGCUCAAAGAACUGCAGAGAGAGAAUGACCUCCUACGCAAAGAGCUUGACAUUAAGGACAGCAAACUGGGGUCAUCCAUGAAUAGCAUCAAGACUUUCUGGAGUCCCGAGCUUAAGAAGGAGAGAGUCUUGCGGAAAGAGGAGGCAGCUCGCAUGUCUGUCCUCAAGGAGCAGAUGAGGGUUUCUCACGAAGAAAACCAGUUACUGGACGCCAGAAGAACCAAGCACCUGCAGUUGACCAUCCAGGCCCUUCAGGAUGAGCUGCGGACCCAGAGAGACCUCAAUCACCUCCUGCAGCAAGAGAGUGGCAACCGGGGAGCUGAACACUUCACCAUUGAGCUGACAGAGGAGAACUUCCGCAGGCUCCAAGCUGAGCAUGACAGGCAGGCCAAGGAGCUGUUCCUUCUGCGGAAGACAUUGGAAGAAAUGGAGCUGAGAAUUGAAACCCAGAAACAGACUCUCAAUGCCCGAGAUGAGUCCAUUAAAAAGCUCCUGGAGAUGCUGCAGAGUAAAGGCUUGCCAUCGAAAAGCCUUGAGGAUGACAAUGAGCGCACGCGGCGGAUGGCGGAGGCUGAGUCUCAGGUCAGCCACUUGGAAGUGAUUUUAGACCAGAAGGAGAAGGAAAACAUCCACCUGAGAGAGGAAUUGCACCGAAGAAGCCAACUUCAGCCGGAACCAGCCAAGACGAAGGCUCUCCAGACUGUCAUCGAAAUGAAGGACACAAAAAUUGCUUCAUUGGAGCGGAACAUCCGAGACCUUGAGGACGAGAUCCAGAUGUUGAAAGCCAAUGGUGUGCUCAAUACAGAGGACCGGGAAGAGGAGAUCAAACAAAUAGAGGUGUACAAAAGCCACUCCAAGUUUAUGAAGACCAAGAUUGAUCAGCUGAAACAGGAACUUUCCAAGAAGGAGUCAGAACUUCUUGCCUUACAAACAAAGCUUGAAACCCUUAGCAAUCAAAACUCAGAUUGCAAGCAACACAUUGAAGUGCUGAAAGAGUCGCUUACUGCCAAAGAACAGAGGGCUGCCAUCCUUCAGACUGAGGUAGAUGCACUGAGAUUACGGCUGGAAGAGAAAGAAUCUUUUCUCAAUAAGAAAACAAAACAGCUCCAAGACCUCACCGAAGAGAAGGGGACCCUAGCCGGAGAGAUCCGUGAUAUGAAAGAUAUGUUAGAAGUAAAGGAAAGAAAAAUCAAUGUUCUUCAGAAAAAAAUCGAAAACUUGCAAGAACAACUUAGGGAUAAAGACAAACAACUGACCAACCUGAAAGACAGAGUGAAGUCCCUGCAAACUGACUCCAGCAACACCGACACUGCUCUGGCCACACUGGAGGAGGCCUUGUCAGAAAAGGAGAGAAUAAUAGAGCGCUUGAAAGAGCAGAGGGAGAGAGAUGACCGGGAGAGACUAGAAGAGAUAGAAUCCUUUCGAAAGGAGAACAAAGACCUCAAAGAGAAGGUCAAUGCUUUACAGGCUGAGCUGACAGAGAAAGAGUCUAGUUUAAUCGACCUCAAAGAACAUGCAUCUUCAUUAGCUUCUGCAGGACUGAAGAGGGACUCCAAACUGAAGUCUCUAGAAAUAGCCAUUGAACAAAAGAAGGAGGAAUGUAACAAACUGGAGGCACAGUUAAAAAAGCAAGCCGAACAGUUGUUCAAUCAGAUGUACAAUCCAGCACAUAAUAUUGAAGAUGACUCCAGGAUGAACCCCGAGUUUGCAGACCGACUGAAGCAGCUGGACAAGGAAGCAUCUUACUACCGUGACGAGUGUGGCAAGGCUCAAGCUGAAGUGGACAGGCUGCUGGAGAUCCUCAAGGAGGUGGAGAACGAGAAAAACGACAAAGACAAGAAGAUAGCGGAACUGGAGAGCUUGACUCUCAGGCAUAUGAAAGAUCAGAAUAAGAAGGUGGCCAACCUCAAGCACAACCAACAGCUGGAGAAGAAGAAGAAUGCCCAGUUAUUAGAAGAAGUGCGCCGACGAGAAGAUAGCAUGGUUGAUAACUCACAGCAUUUGCAGAUUGAGGAGCUGAUGAAUGCCUUGGAGAAGACCAGGCAGGAACUGGAUGCCACCAAAGCACGCCUCGCCUCUACCCAGCAAUCUUUGGCUGAAAAAGAAGCACACCUGGCCAACCUCCGGAUUGAGAGGAGGAAACAGCUAGAGGAGAUCCUGGAGAUGAAACAGGAAGCGCUACUCGCGGCCAUCAGUGAAAAGGACGCAAACAUUGCCUUGCUGGAGUUAUCUGCCUCCAAAAAGAAAAAGACCCAGGAAGAAGUCAUGGCUCUGAAGAGGGAGAAAGACCGACUGGUGCAUCAGUUAAAGCAGCAGACCCAGAACAGAAUGAAGCUGAUGGCAGACAACUAUGAUGAAGACCAUCACCAUUACCACCACCACCACCAUCACCACCACCACCGGUCUCCUGGGAGGUCACAGCAUUCCAAUCACAGGCCCUCUCCAGACCAGGAUGACGAGGAGGGCAUAUGGGCAUAGCCGGGCCUGUAAACCAAAGUUCCAGUUUUGUUUUGAGGGAUGAUCCAGCUCUGUCGGAGGCACGCAUAGGCACAGCCAAAUCUCAUGCUGUACAUUGAUCACCUGUCCAACCUUUGCCUAGAGUGGGAGCCCCCAGUUCCUUCAAGAGAUCCAACUUUACCUGUCUGUAAAGAAGAAGAGGAGGAGGGAGACAGCGGGGAGGAUCCGGUGGCAUUGUGACAUCGGAGCGGGUCCAGUGUUCACUUUUACCCUUUUGGAGCUGUCAGAAGGGUUGGCUAAAAGGAUAGCUCAGCACUGCAGCAAUAUCCUGAUAAUCUAUUGCAGCCUGGCUCUCUUCAUUGUCCACCAGCGACCACAGCAGCAGGUCCGAAAGGAAGGGGAAUUUUCGCCUUCACUUUUCUGCUUGAUUCUGUUCUCCUCGAUUGUCUGGCUUUGGGUGGAAGAGAAAGACAGAGUAUGAAGAAGGAGAAAAAUGACAACCCCUUCAUUUCCUACCAAGGAUUUGGACCUUUACGAGUGAGCAUCUCUGUGGAAAGCUGCGUAAUGAGCUUUUUAUUCCCAUUGCUUUGCCUCUUGGAUACAUGGGCACUGCAUGGGAUUAAGAGUGCGGAUUCAGCUUCGGUUGGACAGCUAGCUCUGUCUCCCAUUGUCCUGCUGGUCAGUCUAAGUGGUCCUAACACAUUAGAUUAUCAGACAAUCUAAGCUUGCAGUGAACAAGUGCUGCUGGUGGUGUUUGUAUACCAUGGUGCAUGGAGUGUUUGACAAAGAAGACAAAAGACCAAAAAUUGAGAGCCUUCACCCUCCUCCGUUUCUUUAAUCUGUGGGUUAAGGAGCCACAUUGAAUGGUAUUAUCAGUAGUUACCUCUGGGCCAGGUUGGAAAUGAAAUCAAUUUUUUUAAACCACUAAUAACUUGCCAAGAAAUCGCCUUAUGAGAACAUGGUGUGUGUCUCUGACAGUGCAUGGCACAUCUAAAUUGGUCAUUCAUAAUUUUAUUUGUCCUGCUCAUGUACCAGAGAAUGACAAAAGCCUGAGGCACCUGCAUAUCCACUCCACAUGCUCCUUGAACCCCUCGGCUGGGACAUGACCUGGCCUCAGGCUCUUCUCCUUCUCAUACAUGCAGGUCUCCGUGACGAAGCUGAGGUUCACUCAUGUUUCAAGAGCUGUGCAAGCAGUGUGAGCCUGGGUCUUUUGUAAAUGAAGGGUCAUUUCUCAUUCUUUUUUUGUUUUUGUUUUAAGAAAAUGUCUCCAACAUGGAUUCCAAAGCAUUUUCAGCAUCAGACAUGAAAACAUUGAUGAAUGAGGAAUAAUCACAAAAGCUGUAUGUCUGUAAAUAGCAUUAUACCACUUGUGUGGAUACAGAGUCCUUAUCUUAAAGCACAUGCCAGGGAAAGAGACCUCACUCCAAGGUCUUUUGCAUACAGUGACAAGGUACUAAGGAGAAUUCAACUCCUGCUGCUUCCUCUGAAGAUUAAAAAGUAUUAGUCCUUACAACUUCGUAAAAAACACAACUGAGCCUGGUAAAUGUGCAGCUCUUGUACUGACCCAUUUUCCUGUCAAUGGGAGAAACCCUCCCACCUGCAUUCCUAAAGGACAAACAAUGAAUUUAAGCAUGAGUGGCCUUAAUAAGUACCAUUGUCUUUUUUUGCUGCAGUGGAAAGGGUUCUAAGCAGAAGUUGCUGAAAUCUUGCAUUGACUCUAAUCAUUAUUACUUUCCAAAAUGUUGGUGCAAUUAACUCUGGACCUCUCUCAUGAGCCAUAGAGAUAUUUAAAAGACAAACCCCUUAUUUGCUGGGGAAAGGAAACUGUCCCUGGGCUGCACCCUUUAUUCCUGGUGCACCAGGGGUAAUACAUUCAAGUUGGUUUCUUGCUUUGGACUUCAUUCUUGUCAGUAAAUAGUGACCUGUGUAAAGCUUAUGUGUUACAUAAAUGAUCCAAAUACAUUCAUGUUUAAAAAGUUUGUCCUUUAACUAUAAAAAGAAUAUUGGUCUUUGUUACAGAAGGGAGCAGACUUCUUUGCAAGUUUAUUUAGUACAUUUUGGCAGAGGAUUGCAGUGAAAACCCAAGCCACAGACCAGUCCCUAGGUAAGGUAUGGAUGUGGUCAGAGAAGUCCUCACAUCCUUCUACCACCAGGUUCGGGCCUGAACUCUGCAACUCAAUACUUGAAAUUGGAAGUAGGGGAACCAGUAUGGGAAGCAGGGUCCAUGACGUAGCAACAAAGUGAUCAACUCCGUGUAGUUAGCUAUCUCUGCAUUCGUGCCAAUUUUGACAUAGCUACUGUUUGGGGAUCAUUUCUUCUCCCCACUUUUGUUGGUUGAAAGUAUUAUCGAUCUUACUUUCAUGUAAGCAUAUCAUUCCGUCCCUGCAAAAUCAAAUUCUAUCUAGGACAGCGUCUUUCCCCAUUUUGUGUAAUAUUCUCCGAUAUUUGGGGGGUCACAACAAAAAUAUCCCUUUCCAUGCAUUGAAAAUAGUGUCUGGGUUUACAACAAACACUGUGUUGUUCAGAAGAUAUUUCCUUUGUGAAAACUUUAGCAGGUUCCCUUCUAAUCAUAGUGUAGUUGAAAUUAAACAAACAAAAAAAAAGUUUGGGCUAACAUUUAGGAGAAGUUGGUCUAAGUCUUACCUUGUGCAAAAGCAGGCUUGUAUUUAUACCCUAUUUGAUUUCUAUAUACAGUCUCAAUUUUGUAUUUAAUGAUUUUUGUGUAUUAAGUAUGCACGUUCACAGCGUGUCAACUUUCAUUUGGAAGUGGGUUUUGUUUUUUAAACAGUGUUUCUGAUGAGCCCUCAAGCGUAUUGACAUAAGCUCUCGCUGCACUGUCUUUGUGUAGAGCGCUGUUUGAAUGCUGCCAAGGGUCCGUGUAUCUAAUUUCCCCGAGACCCUUGUUUGAUAGUGCUUCUUGUAAUAUUUCUUCAAGUGAGUGGCAUGUGGGUUGUGAUAUUGAUCCAUGUGAUUAUGGACAUCGAUAUGAAAAAAAAUAAAAAAAUAAAAAUAAAUAAAUAAAAUUAAGGAACCCUUGAAACUACCAACGGGCAUGUAUCAGCCAGUCAUUGUAACCUCGUGUCUAGUAGAAAUAACCAUGUGCAAGGUAUGUACAGCUCAUAACUUUGUUAUUGUGUGUAUGAGGAGUACUUUGUGCCGAUUGUCUUAUUUAUAUUCAUCAAAUAAACCUUGUUUCUUUCCGAA